AUGGCAGCUAGAAAGUACCGAUUAAAUUGGAAUGCUGGCUUCAUUCAUGCGACAAAGCGCGGGUGCUCGUUUGGUCUCCGCAUUUCAAACGAAAAUGUAGAGCUUGAUGAAUCACAAGUCCAACAAUCCGGAGGAGGAAUCGAUGUUGUGGCAAUUGCUGGUGUUAUUCGCGCGAGCGGAGAGGAAAACUGCAACUGUCUUGGAGCCGUGACACGAGCCUCUGUAGUCGGCAAAGUCGGAUCGACUGACAUUCUUAAAAUCAACGAAUUCAAGUUUGUGCGAAUAAACGCGCCAGAAAAAGAAGUUGCUUCAAAACAACUCAACGACCUAGCAAAACUACUCGGAGAAGGCGAAUACUACUUUAGCAUCAAUCAAAGCGACGAGCGCCCGUUUGACAUCACAACUUCAUUCCAGAAUCAACUCUCUGGAAGUGAAGGCAAUUCUGAGUACUUCUGGAACAGGAGUUUGUGGGCGCAUUUCGCGCCGCUAGAAGAGCAAAUAAAAGCUAGCUGGUUGAUAAGGAUAACAUGUGGCUACAUCAAUUUCAAAAAAUGUUAUGCUGGAGCAAGACAAAUCCACGUGGGGCUCAUUUCGAGACUUUCCACUGGCCGCGUUGGAACUCGAUUCAUGACCAGAGGAAUCGACGAUAGUGGCUAUGUUGCAAAUUAUGUUGAAUCGGAAACAAUCGUGAUCGAAGGAGAAAACAUUCUAGCGCAUCUUCAAAUACGCGGAUCCGUACCAACCUUCUGGGAACAGCCAGGAAUAAAUUUUGGCCAACACAAAUGCAACAUUGUGCGAAACCUUGAAGGCUCAUACCCAGCCAGUCUCAAGCAUUUCUCGCGAAUUCUCGAGUCGUUUUCUGUUUGUAGAAUUGUUAACUUGCUGGGAAAAGGCGAGGGAGAAGAUAAAGUCUCAUCUGCUUUUGCUGAAGUUAUAACUAAAGCACAAAACCAGGGUCUUCAAUUGGAGUACACAGCAAUCGAUUACCACAAAGAAACACCAAAAGGCAAGAACUUGCACUCUGUCCUGAUGGGUCACAUCGGCGAAGCUCUCUCAAAUCAUCAGUUCUUGAAUUUCACAAACGGAAGCUUUGUCUCUCAGCAAAGUGGCGUCGUUCGAACAAACUGUCUCGACUGUCUUGACCGGACCAAUGCCGUGCAAACAGUGAUAGCGUUGGAAUGUCUUGGGAAGAUUUUAACAGAAAUGAACAUCGAUGGAAGUCAAGCAUCGCGCUUCAACGAGACCAUCAAAUCGCUCUGGACAGAAAGUGGCAACGCGAUUUCACACAUGUACGCCGGUACCGGCGCAUUAGAAUCUGGCUCAAAGCUACAAGAUGCCACAAGAUCUAUCUCAAGAACAAUCAAGAACAACACUGGCUCGGACGAGAACAAGCAACGAUUGAUUGAGCGACUUCUCUAUGGUGACCUUCCUAUGACUCUUCGUGGACAGAAGAUUCUUUCUCUGCUCGGAAACGAAGCCGUUUCUUUGUCAAAAGAAAUUUCUGAGAAUAUCUACUUCCGUCGCGACGAAUUUGCAACAGAGUUGCCCAUUCGUGUUUCUUGCUGCACUUGGAACGUCAAUGGGGGCACCCGUUCGCCUAAUUUGAACACCGAUCUUGGCGAAGACAAGUUUGCCGACUGGUUGUUAGGAAAAGCUGAUAGAAGACGAGCGGCGUACGAUUUUACUGGCGAAGCAGAAUCCGAUCUUAGCUUUGUUGCAGGAGAUAUAAUUACAGUCACAGGAGAAUUAGAAGGCGGCGAGUGGCUUCAAGGAUCAUGUGGAGAUCGCCAAGGAAUUUUCCCGGCCGCAUUUGUAGAAGAUAUCCCGGAAGACACUUACAUCGCGUCUUUCGACUAUUGUUCUGAGGAGACCGGAGAUCUGGCCUUCAUGAAGGGCGAGAAAAUUAUCGUGAUUGAUAAGUCGAAGGGCGACUGGUGGGAAGGCGAGUCUUCAGAUGGAAGACGAGGAAUUUUUCCAGCUGCUUUCGUGGAGCUCGAAGACCCUCGUGGUCGGCCACCAGAUGUUCUUGUCGUCGCGUUUCAAGAAAUCGUCGACCUGACUCCUGAUAAUAUUGCCAAAGCACCGACAAAGAAUAUGGAAGUUUGGACGGAACUCCUUGAAAGCGCCCUGAUCGAAAAAGGGCUCAACUACAUCCACCUUCGCUCUGAACAAUUAGUUGGUGCUGCGAUUUGCGUUUGGGUACGCCAGCAUCACAUGGAUCACAUUCAAAAUUUGUCUUUCACCAAAGUCAAGACUGGUAUCAAUGCCGGUGUGUACACUGGCGGCAAUAAAGGUGCGCUAUUGGUGAAAUUCCAGCUGUACAACUCUUCAAUGGCUUUCGUGUGUGCACAUUUCGCCGCACAUCAGAAGCAAAUCGCCCAGCGAAAUUCAGACAUGCACGAGAUUUACCAAAAAGGAAUGUUCCAGCGAAGCUCGCCUUUGUCCGCUCAAGAGUGGCAAUUCUGGCUCGGAGAUUUGAACUAUCGCAUUGAUAUUGACCGUCAGCAGUGCAUAAACUCAAUUGAAAAUCAGGACUGGAAUACUCUUCUCGAAAAAGACCAGCUUAUCGAUCAAAUGGCAAAGAACAAAGUUUUCAAUGGCUGGCAAGAGGGAAAGAUUCGUUUUGCCCCGACUUACAAGUACGACAAGGCAUCCGAUGUGUAUGAUUCAUCAGAAAAGGCGAGAAUACCUGCCUGGUGCGAUCGCGUCUUGUGGCAACGCGAGACCGAAGAUAAUGGCGGAUCAGUUCUCGAUUGUGGGCAUGUAGUGCAUUACGGUCGAUAUGAAAUCAAAAGCUCAGACCAUCGUCCUGUAUGCUGUCUCAUCGACAUUAAUGUGCUUCGCAGCGACGAAAGCAUUCUUUAUGAGGUCAUCAACGAAGAAAUUAAUCGAGCGACGAACUCAUCGUCGUCUAGAACGCCAAGUUACGAGAGCCAGGAGCAACCUCAAAGCGUCUAUCAAGAACAGACUCAAAAUUUCUACCAGGAACCGCCACCGCAGCCUGACCAUGUUCCUGCUUCUAUUCCUGUCCAGUCGGCAGACGCGAGUGAUAUGGCGUGGAAUGAUCCUUUCGGCACUGUCCAACAAGUCGAACAAAAGGCAGCAAAGAAAUCUGGUCCACCGCGUCCUCCACCUCCAAAACGACCUCCUCCGCCAAAACUUCAAAAUCAAAAUGGUGUGCCAGGAGGUCCUUCGCGGCCACCUCCUCCUUCUAAGAAGUCGCCGCCGCCAUUGCCUUCGAAUAAGGGUACGAUCAAGCGAAUCCAAGUGGCACGCUCCGCGCCAAUACCUCCGUCAGCGGGUCUGCCCAGUCCGCUUAAGCCGAUGAAGGCAACAAUUUCUUCAGCAAAAGUUCCGCCUAUGAUUCCUUCACGCCAGCCUAGCGUCGCGCCUAAAACUAACCAUGAAUUUGGCAAGCCGUUAUCUGCCCCUCCACCAGCAUCGAUUGCCCGCGCUAGACCUGGUCGAGCAGCUCCAUCUCCAGUUAAUCAAAGUAUAACGCCUUUUCCAACUGCUCCGUCCCAGCCUCAGACAAAAGCUCCUCCUGCUAUUCCUAAUAGAACACCCGCCCAGCCACCCGGAUACUCCUCAACUCAACUGCUUCAGCCUAAGAUUGCACACUCCGCUCCUCAGCCCGUUUACAGCAUACCACCUAUCGUCAAUAACAACUCGAUUUCGUCAUCGACAGCUCAGCCUGAAAUACCCAUCAGAGAGCAGUUCCUCAAACACAUGAACAUCACUCCAACCAUCGACCCAUUCGCGGCCAAGCCCGAUGACAAUGUUUAUCAAGUGCCCCCUAGUGACAGUUUCGACGACUUCUUCGCUAACCGAGCAAGACAGGCACCACCUCCAGCACCAAAACCAGCAGUUGCGACGAAUCCAUUCGCAACCAGUGCCCCUCGGCCAACUACACUUGGUCCAUUUGCCCAAACCUUGCAACCUGCUCCGGCGAACCCUUUUCAGCAGCAACAAUUGCCUUUCUACUCGUCAGUGCCGGUGCAACCGAUGAUGCAGCAGCCUCAGCAACAGCCACAGAGGAUAGGAGUGAGCGACUUGCCAGCGCCUCUGAUGCCUUCGAAAUCGGCCACGAUCUCGUCGAGCGGAUCCAAGCCCCGUGCAGCCAUCAACUUAUCCGACUUCGACCCCUUAAGUUAA